GGCGUUUGGCUGACAGCAGGGCGGCUUGGGGUGUCUGGGAGAUGCCCAAAGACCUUCUGAGAUGAUAUCGAUCCAUUCAGAUGUCACCAUCUGCUCUCUGUGGCCGACGCUGAUCUGACGAAUUGAGGUGCGAGGAGCCAGCAGGAGGGGCGCGAGGCAACCAACGAUGACAGUGCGUGUGGUUGCUUUGUGGUUGUGGCAGCUCUGCAGUCAAUCAAACAGUGAGUGGUCUCCGUCCGAGUCUACAGAUGUGGACUGCUGCUCGUGACGGCCCUCUCACAUCAAGCAAAGCAUCAUCCGCUGCCUCAGCUGCUUCCGGUAAGGGUGACGCUGCAACAGGGAGACUCACGCAGACACAUAGGCUUGUGCGUGUGUGUAUCGUGCUUCAGGUGCCAGCAACGCGUCGUGUGCGAACCAACAGCAGCAGCAGCAUGAUCGCCUUCUCAGUGCCUCUGACGUGCCUGAGGAGGCAGCGGUCAUCAUCGCCGAGUACGUUAGGAGCUAUUCGCAGCUGGCGGCCCUCAUCGACGCCCACCCCACCCUCCGCACCUCCGCCCUCCUGCUGCCCAUUCUUAUCCGACUGCUGCCCGCCGUGGUGGAGGGCAGCUUCGGUGCUCUGGUGGAGAUGCCCAUCCCUCAGCUGGCCCUGGACAUGGCUGCUGCCACGGUGGCCCCCAGUCAUCGCAACGCCCUCAGCCGAUUUCUCCUGCCCAUCCUUCUGCGUGUAUUGGGCGUGCUGCUGCCCAUUGCCGGCCUCGGCUCAUUCCUGAUGUGGGUCAUCCCCCGGCUGCCGCUACCUGCAGCACUCAGCCACGGCUGCCGCAUGGCAGUCGCCAUCGAGCAGCUGACACGCCGGCUGAAGAUGCUGGAGCGUGGCGGCGAUUGGGCGAGGUGGCGGCCCCAUUUGGAGAUGCUCUAUCACAUACGCGGCAAGCGGCCAGUGGUGCUGGGCGAUGGGCAUUUCGAGGUGUUCGGCAGCCAGACGGGCCGGGGCUUCAUCGGCGAGACCGAGGCGGUCCGGCAAUGGAAGAUACUCAGCCGGGGCCUGACUGUCCACUAUGAAGGCCAGUAAAGACAGCUGAUGGACGGCGACAAGCUUCUUGACUUGGGCUACUGUCUCCCCGCCCUCCUCGCCGCACCCAGCCCCCUUUUCCCUCACGACACAUUCAACGCCGCCGACCCGCCCACAGAGCUGGGUUGCUGGACGUACCGCACUUACGUGGGCAGCGUGCACGCCAACUACACGUCAAUGGCGGCAUUCGUCCUCUUCCACUGGCUUUACGAAACGUAUCCAAUCGACUUAAAGUAUGCUAGAUUCUGGUCGUCUCACGAUCGUGAUUCUGCUGCGUUCCGGCGAAUGACUGAUCUGAUGGCGGCCCCUCCCAGCGAUGCGGCACAGUGGGGGCCGGGGGUGGCGGUGUUCGACAGCAAAAGGCCGCCCCUCGGAAGAAAGUGGCCACCCCUCGGAAGGGUACAGCAUAAUCGGCUGGUGGUGCUGGGGAGUGAGGCGAUGGGCGAUGGGCUCAUGGCACUCGUCCGGCUGACGGAUUCGGGGCGUCACUCAGUGGAUGUGGAUAUCUUCACGAACGAGCCAGCGGUCGUAGACGACCAGGGUGGCUGUGUUUCCAUCUGGACCGACUCCCCCCGUAUACCCUAUACCAGCACGCGCAGGGCCGUGAUGAGUGUGUUGGGGGAUCACUUGGGGGGCAAGGUGUGGCGGAAGGAGCAGGAGAGGUGAAUUGGGGGCAGGACAGAUGGGGUGGAUGAUGGUGGGUGGGUGUCUGUGUGUCGAUUGUCGUUUUAGUACAGGAUACAGGAGGGGGACAGACAGACAGACAGACAACAGGUUUCCCUCUGUCUGCCUGCUGGCUGAGUGUGUGGCGCCUUGAUAUGCGUCCCAUUAACUGCACGUUGCGAAUGGGCUGUAUGGAGUGUGUGAACUAACGCUGUGCGUGGUGACGCACGGCAUAACUUGUGUCCGUGCGGAUGUGAUGUGCAGACCUUCUUCUAUGAACACUGUUUCAUGUGGAGGCUGUGUGACUGUUUCGUGGAGGCUCAUGCUUGUAUGGCUGGUGAAACGAAGCGACUUGUGUCAAGCCAUUAAGUCAUUGACAAAAGCGAUG